GCCGCGGGCUGGCCGACCGCGGCGAGACGCACGUCCGGUGUCCGGCCCCGCUUCCUCCCUCCCCAGCUCCAGGGCUCGCGGCCCAGAGCGUAUGGGGUGGGAGGAAUGGGAUGGCGAGGAGGCUCGACCUUGAGCAAACAAACAAGUUCAGGGAGCACCUCCCUCCCUCCGGUGUAAACUCGGGGCACUGGACACACCCAUCACCGCCCCCCCAACACACACACACACACAUACACUCCCCAGGAAAGCCCGGGAAAGGAGGCAAGGAGAGAAGCAGCGUCGCAUCUGAGAGCAGGGAGCAAGGGACCGGGGCUGGGAGUGCAGCCCCGGCCCCCCAGUGCAGGUCGCCAGCUGCGGGGAGGGGGAAGACCCACCCCCGUCGAGGACCCCGUUGCAUCUCUGGGCACGAGGGAGUUAAGCCCGGUGGCCUCGAUGCUCCACGUAGGAGCUGGCUCGGCCGCCGGCUGUGGUCAGGGCGGCCCGUAUAAGUAGGGCGGGAGACCCGAGCGCCGAGGACUUGCAGCUGCCCGCGCCCCACCGUCGCCGCCGCCGCCGCUGCCCCCGGCCCUGGCCAUGGCUCGCCCGAUGCUCCUGCUCAGCCUCGGCCUCCUGGCCAGCCUCUUGCCGGCGCUGGCCGCCUGUCCCCAGAACUGCCACUGCCACGGUGACCUGCAGCAUGUCAUCUGCGACAAAGUGGGGCUGCAGAAGAUCCCCAAGGUGUCUGAGAAGACCAAGCUGCUCAACCUACAGCGGAACAAUUUCCCGGUGCUGGCCGCCAACUCGUUUCGGGCCAUGCCGAACCUCGUGUCGCUGCACCUGCAGCACUGCCAGAUCCGGGAGGUGGCGGCGGGGGCCUUCCGGGGCCUCAAGCAACUCAUCUACCUGUACCUGUCCCACAACGACAUCCGCGUGCUGCGCGCCGGCGCCUUUGACGACCUGACGGAGCUCACCUACCUCUACCUGGACCAUAACAAGGUGACGGAGCUGCCCCGGGGGCUGCUCUCCCCGCUGGUCAACCUCUUCAUCUUGCAGCUCAACAACAACAAGAUCCGGGAGCUGCGCGCAGGCGCCUUCCAGGGCGCCAAGGACCUGCGCUGGCUCUACCUGUCCGAAAACGCACUCAGUUCUCUGCAGCCCGGCGCCCUGGACGACGUGGAGAACCUGGCCAAGUUCUAUCUGGACAGAAACCAGCUGUCCAGCUACCCCUCGGCUGCUCUGAGCAAGCUGCGGGUGGUGGAGGAACUGAAGCUGUCCCACAACCCCCUGAAGAGCAUCCCCGACCACGCCUUCCAGUCCUUCGGCAGGUACCUGGAGACACUGUGGCUGGACAACACCAACCUGGAGAAGUUCUCGGAUGGUGCCUUCCUGGGAGUGACCACACUGAAACACGCCCACCUGGAGAACAAUCGCCUGAACCAGCUGCCCUCCAACUUCCCCUUCGACAACCUGGAGACACUCACCCUCACCAACAACCCCUGGAAGUGCACCUGCCAGCUCCAGGGCCUCCGUCGGUGGCUGGAAGCCAAGGCUUCUCGCCCUGAUGCCACCUGCUCCUCGCCCGCCAAGUUCAAGGGCCAGCACAUCCGUGCCACGGACGCCUUCCGCAGCUGCAAGUUCCCCACCAAGAGGUCCAAGAAAGCCGGCCGCCAUUAAACAGGUCCUGACCCAGCCGGUCCUGGUGACUGGCUUCUGCCUUCUGCCGGAGAGACUACUGACCUUCCUGCCUCCCCCCACAGCCCCUGCGCAUGCACAGAGCUGCCCACACCUAGACACGUCCUGGCAGGGGGCCUCGGGCACUUCACUACCAACUCAGCCCCACCUGACGGUGUCCGGGGAAGGACACAGUGCCGCCAUGGUGCCUGGCUGUCCCGCCAGGGCUCCUCUCAGACAAUCUGUUGCCGACAGCCCUGAGUCCAUCAGAAACACAACGGGGUGAUCAUCAGGAUGGCCACCCCUCCAGAAUCAUCCUCUUCCCCAGCCAUCUGGAAACAAAUGCCAGAUCCUUGGCCCACCCCUUGCUUCCCAGAAAGGGUCUUAAGCCCAUGUCCCAACUCUGCCAGCCCCCACCUGCCAGGACGGCCUAGCGGGACACCCGUGCUUUGCUGCACGUCACCCCCGCUGCACUCGCCCCCAGAUUUCUAUAAAUAUAAAUGUAUGUCUGUGUAACAUCUA